AUGAGUACCACCGUAAAUGAACCCAAUGACGACCAAGUCAUAGUGAGACGGUGUGCUAACUAUGGUCCAACCAUUUGGAAAUAUGAAUACAUACAGUCUCUUAACAGCAAAUAUGUGGGAGAGGACUAUGAGAAGAAGGCGGAAAAGUUGAAAGAAGAGGUGAAAACUAUGAUUCUAGAAAAGAUGGAGAGCCCAUUGGAGAAAUUGGAGUUAAUUGACACAGUCAAGAGACUUGGAGUGUCUUAUCACUUUGAAGAAGAAAUAAAGACAUGUUUGGAUAACAUAUACAAGGACACAAAUUGGCUAAGUGGAGUACUUGAUCUAUAUGACACAGCUCUCAGAUUUAGGCUCUUCAGAAAGCAUGGUUAUAAUGUUUCCUCGGAUGUUUUCGACAAAUUUAAAGACAAAAAUGGGAAUUUCAAGAAUUCUUUGCCUGAGGAUACCAAGGGAUUGUUGUCCUUGUAUGAGGCCUCGUUUCAUGGCUUUGAGGAAGAGAGUAUAUUGGAUGAGGCCGAAGAGUUUUUCUGCGAAACACUUGUAUGGUGGGAGAACUUAGGAUGGAGCAAGAAAUUGCCUUUUCUUAGGGACAGGUUGGUUGAAUGUUACAUAUGGUCUAUAGCUGAGGUUUACGAUCCACGACCUGAAUUCCAAUACUGUAGAAGUAUGACUGCAAGAAUCACCCAACUAAUCACAUGUAUUGAUGAUAUUUAUGAUGUCUAUGGAACCUUGGACGAGCUCGAGCUCUUAACCGAUGCAUUUAUAAGAUGGGAUGUGAAACUUAUUGAAACAUUGUCGGAAUACAUGAAGAUAUGUUUUCUUGGAAAUGUAAAUUCUAUCAAUGAAUUGGGCUAUGAGUCUCUUAAGGAAGUUGGAGUCCACGCACUUCCAUACCUAAUAAAAGCGUGGACAGAUUUAUGUGGGUGCUACAUGAAGGAAGCCAGAUGGUUCCAUGGGAUGUAUGUCCCUUCUUUUGAGGAGUACUUGAACAAUGGAUGGAUGUCUGUUGCAGGUCAUGUGUUGGCCAUUCAUGGAUAUUUUCUUUUUUGUUGCGACUCUCAUCGCAUCACAGAAAAGGGCUUGGAAGCAAUUAAAAACAAUCACGAUAUUAUCAAAUGGUCAUCCAUGAUCCUUCGCCUAGUCAAUGAUUUGGGAACUUCAAAGAAUGAAAUGGAACGUGGUGAUAUACUGAAAUCGGUACAAAUUUACAUGCAUGAAACUGAUGCAUCGGAAGAAGAAUCUCAAGAACAAAUUAAGAAACUAAUUGGGAAAGCAUGGAAAAAGAUAAACACAUCUAGAGCCAAGCCGAAUUGUCCUUUUGAUAAUAUAUAUAUAGAUAUAGUAACAAACAUUGCACGGGCAAGUCAUUUCAUGUAUCAAUAUGGAGAUGCGCAGAUGCGCAUGGACAUCAAAUUAAAGGGGAAAACAAGGAUCGUGUCACCUUGCUCCUUGUUGAGCCAAUUCCUCUUUCCUUUGAUUGAUAUGAAUUAUUCAAAAUCAAUAUGA